CCAGCACGCUCAGCCAUGGCCGCCGCCGCCGUCCGUGCGCUGCUCCGCCCGGCCCGGGCCCGCGCCCCCGCGCGCUUCCUGCUGCCGCCAGCGCCCCCCAGCGCCGGGGCCCGGCACUGCGCCGCCGGUUCUCAGUUCCAGUACAUCAUGGUUCAGAAGAAAGGAACUAAGCAGAAUAUAGGUGUGAUCCAGCUCAACCGCCCCAAGGCCUUAAAUGCCCUCUGUGAUGGUCUGAUGAAUGAGAUGAAGGUGGCCCUGGACUUGUUUGAGAAUGACCCUCAAGUGGGAGCCAUUGUCAUCACAGGAAAUGAGAAAGCCUUUGCAGCUGGAGCAGAUAUAAAAGAAAUGCAGAACAGCACCUUUCAGGAAUGUUAUAGGAGCAACUUCCUCGCUGGUUGGAACAGAGUCUCUACAGUCAGAAAGCCAGUCAUAGCGGCUGUUAAUGGUUAUGCUCUGGGUGGUGGCUGUGAGUUGGCCAUGAUGUGCGAUAUCAUUUAUGCUGGUGAGAAGGCACAGUUUGGACAACCAGAAAUCUUGCUGGGAACCAUUCCAGGAUCUGGUGGGACUCAACGACUCACGAGAGCAGUGGGCAAAUCGUUAGCUAUGGAAAUGGUCCUCACUGGGGAUAGAAUUUCUGCUCAGGAAGCUAAAGAGGCAGGCCUUGUCAGUAAAAUAUUCCCUGUGGAAAAACUGCUGGAAGAAGCCAUCAGUUGCGGUGAGAAAAUUGCUGGGAAUUCCAAGUUGGUGGUAGCAAUAGCCAAAGAAGCGGUCAAUGCAGCUUUUGAGACAACAUUAUCUGAGGGGAAUAAAACAGAGAAAAGACUCUUCUAUGCCACCUUUGCUACAGAUGAUCGAAAGGAAGGCAUGACUGCUUUUGUGGAGAAGAGAAAGGCAAACUUCAAGGACCACUGAACCCCCUGGAGUGAAAUGGUUGCUGGUUCAUGCUCUAAGAGUUGCUGACUUGGCAUAGAACAGAGGUGGAGACUCCUUUUUUCUCCUCAGAAUGUGUGAAUUGACAAAUGGUCAUCAUAGCAAAUGUUGCACCCUAUUAAUCAUAACACAUGCCUAAUUCUGUUAAUCUAUAACUUCUGAGUGAACCUUGGUGAAAGGUCCUUGGAAACAAAAGCUCUGUUGCUCAGGCACAUUGGAGAAGGGGAUGCUGCACUUCAGCCUACUAAUUUAGGCCCUUCAGUAUAAUCAGUUUACAGGGAGCAGGAACAUGUCUGAUCUUAAUUUCAAAUAUCUUGGUGCUUUUGGCUAUAUUAGAGAAGGUAAAAUGGAAAUUGUUUUGUGAUUUAAAAUAAAGGGGUCUUUCUGGUUUA